AUGGAUGAAAACUGUAACCGUCCCCUUGUGACCAUUACACCCAACUGGCCUGAAACAUUCUGGGCUGAGACCCUCACUCUCAGAUGUGAGAUUGAGGGAGGUGGAGACUCUGAAUGGACGUUUGGAUGGAGAAGAGACAGAACAUCCAGUUCAGACAAACAUACAACAGACAAUAAAUACAUUAUUAGCCGAGCCACUGAUUCUGACAACGGAGACUAUGAGUGCAUCGGCAGAAGAGGAUUCCCUAAUUCUACCGACACGCCUUGGAGUGAACCCUUCAAAUUGACUGUAACACCAAGAACACCAAAGGCUGAACUGAGAGCUGACAGGACAUCAAUUCCAGCAGGGGGCGCUGUGACCCUGACCUGUGACGUGAACCCUCCAUCACCUGGCUGGACGUACAUCUUGUUCAGAGGAGAUCACCCGGGCACACACGAUGAUGGUAAAAACUUCAAUGGACGAAUCAGUGUCUCCAAGGGAGGAGUCUACUGGUGCAGAGGAGAGAGAGGAGAACCAGUUUACUACACAGAGUACAGUGAUUCAGUCACUAUCAACAUCAUUUUAUCAGACAGAGCUGUUGUGACUCUUCAGCCCCAUUGGACUGAGAUAUACACGGAAGAGAAGAUCACUUUGAGAUGUGAAAUCGAGGGUGGAGACAACUCUGAGUGGGAGUACGAGUGGAAAACAAGCAGCUCAUUCAAACCUCCAAAGGAAAAGGAAUACAGUAUUGGACCUGCUAAUACAUCACACAGUGGAAACUACAGUUGUAAGGGCAGAAAAAAAAGUGACCAGUCUCCAACAGGUUGGAGCGAUCCCAUCACAUUAACGGUUUUAUACAGUUCACCCCAGCCUGUCCUCACCGUGUCUCCACUCUGGCUGAGUCCUGGAGACUCUGUGACUCUGAACUGUGAGGUUAAACACCCAUCAGCAGGAUGGAGGUUCUACUGGUAUGAAGCUAUUCCCAAACUAUCUGACAACUCCUACAACUCCUACAACUCCUACAACUCCUACAGCUACCAGCUGCUAUCUGGAAGCAGAGAUGGAACUGAAAAGUAUUCCUUCAUUGUUCAUGGACAGACACACACAGCAGGAUAUGUGUGCAGAGCUGGAAGAGGAGAAAUGAACACUCCUUAUAGUGAACCAAAGUUUGUCUGGUCUGGAGGUCAGUUUGUUUCUUUAUCUUUAUUCUUUUGUGGUCUAUGAACAACUUAGAGUUUCUUCAGUACUUUUGUCUCUAA